CGUCUGCCUAUGCAUACAUAGAACUACUAACGACCCAGAAGCACUCGCGUAGGCCUUCUUUCCCUUAUUUACCUUUUCAGGGAAAUGUGUCUCCUUCCGCUGCCUCGUUGUCCGCAGCUGGCGGCGGUGGGUCUGCAUCAUCAUUGUCCAGCCCAUCACCGCUCAGAUCGCCGGCAUCCUCAAACUCCUCUGCAUCGUAUUCUGGUGCAUUGUCACCCCCAUGGUCACCGAGGCGCAGCACGUCGGACACCAUCAUUGCAGCCAGUUCUCGCUCGUCGUCUUGUCGAUCGUCAAAGUCGCCCUCGUCCUCCUCUUCCUGCUGCUGCCGCUGCUGCUGCUCUUCCUGCUGCCAUUCAUCGUCUUGUCCAUAGGACUCGUCCUGGUCAUCUUCUGAGGGUGGUGGUCGGGCAGGCAUCGUCACAUAAGCUUGUCCGUCUCGAUUCUCCCGGACCUUAAUGCUGCCCCGCACGUGCCACAGCGUGUCAUGCUCGUCCACGGACCGCUCGGCAGAGACGGGUUCUUGCUCGGCCUCUCCUUGACCGUCAGACGGCGGCUCUCUCCGAAGGUGCGGGUCCGUAUCUGGAUACGCCACAUGUGUCUCUGUGAUGAAGACAGGACUAGCGUCUCCUGGCUGCUCGUCUGCUUGUGAGGGGGGCGGGAGUUGAUGAUGGCCAUGGAGGAGCGCCAGGCGCAGCGAGUUGAUGUUGGCGUCGAAUUGCCGGGUGUAGUCGUCGAGCCGCUGGUGGAGACUCUCCUGCACCUGGUUCAUGGCCUCGUUGAUCGACUGCAGCAUCGUGUCGGUGUGCCGCCGCUCCAGAGUGAUGCUGGCACUGUGGCCCUCCUGCAUGUGGAGGAGGCGCUUAGUAAUGUCUUCCCAUUUCUCCUCAACAGCCCGCAGGAUGUCCUGCACACACACACACAGGCGAGCACCAUACCUAGCACAUGUGCCUCUCGUUCCCUCUCUCUUCGUUUCUACGUUGUGAGUCUCUUGAUGUGCCUGAUUUGACAUUUCCAGCUUUUUGACCAGAGACGCAAGACUCUCCUCUAUCCUGCAGCACGAUGGACAGACACAGAGUGCACAGAUCGCAUUCAUCCGCCUGCAUCCUUCCUCACUUGCGAUAUUUCUGCUUGAGAUUGGCAUCGAUUUUGGAAACGCGGUCAUCCACAUAUCGACUGAGCCGCUCCGCCUUUAGUGCGCCCUCCUUCCUACUCUCCAUGAGAUCGGUGUGAAGGCGGUCGAUGUGGUUCAUUAGGUUGGUCUUGGUGGUAUUCUGCUGCUCCUGGCAGAGAUGGAUGCCGGUCUUUAGGGACAGGAGGAGGUCGUUGGCUGACGUGCGGCAGUCGUGAAGCUGGUCUGUGACGAACUUCUGCAGCUCUGCCAGCUGCUGCGUCAGCUGCACAUGACAUGAAGACGAGAAAGGUCAUACAGUCAGUACAUGCGUGAGGUGAAUGUGCGGUGCACUCACUGCAGGUAUGGUGGAUGGAAAGCCAGCUUCCCACGCACCUCACCUCUCCACGGAUGGUUUGGAUAUCUCUUGACUGUCUUCUCUGGAAGUCUUCCACGCGCUUGUUCAAGCUCUGCAUGGCCAUCAUCCUGUAACACACACAAUGUUGUCCCGGGGAGUGUCUCGUGUGGUGCGUCGGUUUGCGCGCUGGGCUUGCCUGGCUUGUUCGGUGGCAUUCAUAUUCUGCGUGAGUGUCUGUAUCUUCAUCGUGAGCGAGUCCCUCAACCCGACAAUAUCUGUCUCCUGCACAGAUGCAUCCGGUCCAGAGAGAGACCACAUGGCAAAUGAAUGAAUGAGUCCCCUCGCACACGAAACCGUCCAUAUACAUAACAUACCUGUCUGUGUUUGAAUGUCUCCAGCUGCCCGUGCAUCUUCUGCUCCACCUUCUCAAUCUGUCAAUUAAUGCAUCCAGAUGGAUGCCAACCACGUGAGGUGAGGAUGUCUGGGCGCAGGUAGCUCCGCUCACCUGCACGAGUGUUUGGCUGUCUCGCUGGGCCAGGUCUUCUCUCAGGUCAGAGUGGCGCUGCAGCAAGUCCUUCCUCUGGAUGCCCACCUACCGAUCCGAUCAGCCAGGAGACAGACAUACACACGUGUCGACACGAUGUGAGCGAUUGCAUCCUGCUUUAAGUGAUGGAUGACAUAUAUAUGGAUCACCUACCUUCUCUCGCAGGUCGUCAACGUCCUGCCCGAUGGUGCCCUUGAGUCCCUCCUGCUGCUUCUGUGCCGCCCGCUUCAUCUCCUCCAUGCUCUGCUGGAGUGUUGCGUGCUCUCCCUUCUGACGCUUCUUCUCAUUCUCCAACGCCACGUACAAGUCAAACAGCUGGUUCGACAGAGACGUCUGCACACGGAAAGGGAGCAUGAGCAGGUCGGCCGUGCAUUCGACUCAUUCGAUCACCUGUGCCUGUCGGAUGAGCUCCAUCUGCUGUCUCACUGGCGAGUCCCUCCUGCCCUUGCCUUCACCCUCCUGCGGGAGUGCCAGCCACGUGCUGCCUCUCCCAUCGCCCUCCGUCACAGCGCCGCCCUCCCUCCUCGGGGGCGAUCGGGAACGGGGCUUGCUGACAAUAAUGGACGGGAGGGAUGGGCUGAUCGUCUCUCGCUGAGCCACAAUCUGAAGCUGCACGCACCGCACCGAUUCAUGUCUUGUCGUCACUGCAGUCACGUAUGUGUAUAUCACUUACGCCUGCAAGUUGGCUCUGGAGUGUGGAUUCUUCGUCUGGUGGUGGGGCGAUGCUGACUCGGGAGGGAGGGAGAUCUUCGGUGAGGCUCUCGUCGUCUACGUAGCUGCUCUGGCGGGGGGCGUCACGGUGCAGCUGACGAUCUACCUCCAACGCAGCCACACGACCCGUCAUCUCAGACCUGCAUGCACGGAAAGACAGACAAGUGCUUUAAUCUGACUGGAUUUGCUUGCUCUCAGGUUGUGUGCACACUGAUUGAUGGUGUGCGGUACGGUACGGCUGUCCACCUGAGUGCGUGCAGCUGGUUUUCGACCUCCAGACACAUGGCCCUCAUCCGCUGCAUCUCAUUGGCGCUCGUGAAGGCCUGCUUGGACUGGGCUGCCUUCCACUCGCUGUCGGAGUCCAACUGAUUGAUGCACACAUACGUCCAUGACGGCUGGCGGCUCUCUUUUGUGUGUCACGGUUGGACCUUCUUUUGGAAUUCGUCCUGGACCAAUCUGCACAGCUCCUCCCUGUCCAUCCGAGAUGACAGUACGUGAAAUGGGCAGGUGAUCAGUCAGCUGCCAUAUGGAUGUGUCUCUUCCUUCCUUGACAGUAUACCUUUGUUUGGCGGCAUUCUCCACUGUGUAGUCCCUGAACUCCCUUUGCAGCGACCGAAUGCUCUCUGCCAUUGUGGCCGUCUCACGCUCAGCCUUGAUGCGAUGCUGCUCCAGUUGAUCCAGCCUGGAGACACAGAACACAGAGACAUUCGUUCGUUUUGAGUGAUUUUUUCUGUGCAUCGAUUCGGGUGUCUGCGUGAGGUGUGUGUGGCAUAUUGCGUGCCGUUUGUUGAGCUCUUGGUUGAUGGACGCCUGGGUGUCCGUGUGGCGCUGAAAGCUGCGGUGCAGCUGGCGGGAUAUCUCAAGGUCCUGCAGAUCGAGAUACGUACGCGGAGGACGCAAACACAGUUACAGACACACGGACGAGUAUGGCGGGCACCACUCGUGUGCGGAUACAGUUGCUCCAUCCAUCCAUCCAUCCGUCCACUUGCUUACAUACUUACUUACCGCAGCCGCCCUCUCGUCAUGCCGGGUUGCAAGUGCAUCGAUUCUGCUCUCCACCCCCUGGACUCGCUCUUGCACACGCCGCAACAGACGCUCCUGUGGAUGGAACGAUGAUUCAUCCGUCAUGUGUGCUCAUGUCAUGUCGAUCCGUUGUCAGGCCGGGCCCUUACCGAAGCAUGGUGCGAUGCUUCGACACGAAUAAGACGCCUGCAGAAGACGACCCCAUUGGCAACAUGCAUGCACUCAUGCAGUGACACUGCAAUAAUGCAUUGCCAAUCUACCUACCUGUCGAAUGAGACCCUGAAAAUGUCCUCUUUCCCCCUCUCCUCCAGCACAGGGACUGGCCUCCUCUGAGCCUCAAUGAUGUCAUCCGCCCUCGCCACCGUCCCGGAGGACGCCUCCCGUCUCUUGCCCUCCUCUGGCUCAGAGAUCUCUCUCUGCUCCCGCAAAUUGGCCUGCAGGAUGGCAAUGGCAUCCACGUCGUCGGCGGCAUCCCUCCUCUCCCCGUUGGCCGGCAGCGGGGCGGCAUCUCGGUGCACGACGAGCCUGGCCUCGGCGUCUCGCUUUCGGCCUCGCCGUUCGGGCAGCCCCCCGAGUUCAGGGUCCCUGAGCAAAACACCCACUGAAGUGCCCUUGCGGUGCAUGACCUAGCUGAAAAAGGC